AUGGCGAAGUCGACGUUGAAAACUCUUGUCCUCGCUCUUGAUCGACUUUGGUUUUCUGAGUAUCUCAAACUGUUCUUCGUGGGAGGGCCGAAUUCACGUAGAGACUACCAUUUGGAGGAGGGAGAAGAGUUUUUCUAUCAAAUGACCGGUGAUAUGGUGCUGAAGGUCAUCGAGCGGGGUGUUCCACGUGACAUUGUAAUUCGUGAAGGUAAGCGAGUCUCCAUAGUGAUAAUGGAAGAGAAGCGAUGA